UGUACAAAUCACUUAGAUUGGACAUUAGUCAGUUUUUUCCUUCCUCUGGUGAUUAUUAAUAUGCUCACUGUCGUUUGAUUAGACGGGCAUUCAUUGCGAUCGAGGAGAUACGGAAAAGCUACGUAGUUUAGGACAGCAUCAACUUGUUGCGUAUGUGUAAUUUCCCUCUCAUGCGACAGCGGUUUCCUCGCAUUACGCGUAUGUGACACUAGACGUAGCCUUUAGUUGAUAGCCUAUUUCUCUUUUCCUUCAUGGCAUGGUACAACAGUAUUCAUAAUUUACUAUCUUAAAAGGCUAUAUGCAGUUUAGUAAUGUAGGCUAUACACGCUUUAGAUCGGGAGUAGAAUAUUGGUGACUUGGUGAGAUAGAGUAAGCAACAGGUGAAUGUACGACUUCAAUAGCCUACUCUGGUAUAAGUGAUCGCUUGGUAUGAGACUUUGAUGUAAAAUUUUCGAACAUGAGCUCAGAGAACGGGAAUGUCUGCCAUGGUCCACGCCAGUUCCUACAGAUGUCACUGGUGCCUUCUUAAAAUACUGUACGGACUCCUGCUGCUGUGGGCCGAAGAGAUGGACGCACUGUCAGACUUCUCAAAAUACUUGACAAAAAUCAUCUCAAGCCACUCUGCGUAUGGCUGUGAUGGAGAGGUAUUGCGACUUCAGUGCCCACGACACUCAACAGUUUCGGUUCUCUCUGCGCACUAUGGACUGGCAGACCCACGAUUCUGCCCGAGUCCCUAUCAAACUACUCUACUGGGCAAACAUAGGAACAGCUCCUGCUCAGCUUCAACUGCCUUACAGAAGCUACUCUCGGAAUGCCAAGGCCAUAGAGACUGUCAUCUCCUGGUUAAUCAUCAUGUAUUUGGGCGCGAUCCUUGUCCUGGGAACUCUAAGUAUCUUCAUGUUACCUACAAGUGCAAACCUACAGAGCACAAGAGACGGGUGGGGUGUGAGGGAGAGACUGUCUUGCUCCACUGUAAGCACCCACGGGUGCUGAUCAUCUACUCGGCGGUCUACGGCAGAGAGAUGGAAGAUAAGGAUGUGUGCAGCUCACACUAUGACCUUCCGCCAUUUGACUGUCUAUACUUUGGGGCCGCCCACACGGUGUCAAAGAAAUGCUAUGGCAAGCAGAGGUGCUCAAUCGCUAUCAAUGACCAAACAUUCAGAGACCCGUGUCCCCCAAGGACAACAAAAUAUCUCACAAUACUCUACUCAUGCGUGCCCCAGGUGUUAAUGAAGGAGGCGGAACCAAAUAUUUUCAACCCAACCUUGGUACCACAGCAUACCAAUGACAUGGGGGGAAUUCCCAAUGUCAGGGGCUCUAAGCUGCCAGAAGGCCAUGGAAUCAUAGUGAGCCAUUCACUUGUGAUAUACGGUUACAUAAAAGAACAUCAGGACAAGGCGGCCUUGCUCUUCAUCUCCAGUGUGUGUGUGGGCCUGCUCAUUCUGCUCCUGGCCAUGUCUCUCAGGCUGUCCUGUCACAGCAGGCACACCUGGGGAAGGGCACACCUCAACAAGAGACUGCUUAGCAGGACAGAGGAGACAAGCGAGGAAGAGGAGGAAAGUGACGACGAUCGGGAUUGCGGCGAUGGCGGGUCAGUGACUUUGAUGGACAGUUCUCUGCUGUCGGAAGGCAACAGGAAGCCAGUGGAGUGCUGGGAGGAAGUGACCUAUACCACCGAGGCUGCCGAGCUCAUGGAGAGGAUUGAGCGUCGGGAGCUUGUGAUUCAGGAGAUCUGGAUGAACUCGUACUUGAAUGGCACCUCCUGUGGACACCUCUGACCUGCUCAACAGGACAUAAAACACCUGAGCAGGUUCAAUUCAACUGCAGAGCUUUGUUACUAAAACGAAUGUACACCAGUCCAACUUAUUCAACAGACAACCUAUAAUGGCAUAGGUAUCACUACCAGUAUCAAGAUCAAAAUCAAGUGUUUUCAUAUCUGUUUGUUAUGCUAAAAUAAUAAAAUAAAAUCUCCUUUUGUUAUUGUAAAGUU